AUGGCGCCCAUCGACUACAGCCGCUUCGACGACAUCGACACGUCCUCCUCCGAAAACGACGAGGACGGCGACGAGACGGAGCUCGAGGCAGGGGACGCCCCCCCCAUUGACCAGCUCUUCGACUUCUUCCGUGCGCGGCGUGCAGAGGAAAUGCCCAUGCUCUCGCGCGUCGGCCUGGUCACGGAGACGCAGGCCCGGGCGAUGUAUCGCGCCUCGGACCCGCUUAACAACGAAGACGCGAGGCCGAGACGGCGCCGCGUCGCGCUCGUCAAGGACGACCCCAACGACGCCUUCUUCCCGCCCAUCUUCACCGAACGGAAGAAGAGCAACAGCCGCGCCACCGAGAAGGAGAAGACGCGGAGGACGAAGGAACCGUGCGCGGCGUGCGGGACCCGGACGCGUAAGCGGUGCGGUGGGUGCCACAAACUCGGCAUCCACACCCCUUACUGCGGCGCCUCCUGCCAAAACGCCCACUGGCCGACGCACAGGCGCGCGUGCGGCGAACGCCACCCCGAGAUCGUCGCGAGGAACGCUUCGAAUGCUUCGCCUAUACCCGACGCUUCGGACGAGGCGUUCGGGCGCGACGACGCGACGGGGGGCCGGACACAGCUGUCGUGCAACCAAGCGUGCGCGGCGAGGGACGCGCACGCGCUGGCCGAGGCUCUUCGCGCCGGUCGCGGGGCGGCGCCCGACGCGGACACGUGCGAGAUCGCGGCGGCGUGGAAUGCGCUCGAUUGCCUCAGAUUGCUCCACGCGUACGGGUGCGAGAUGAACAAGGCGGCGUGCCUCGUGACGGCGGUGCGAUACGGCGCGAGGGACUGCGUGUUAUGGCUGAAGGAUGGCGUGCUCUUCCCACCGCCGACGGGACCACCGCCGACGGGAGGAUGGGACCUACCCCCCCUCGAGAGGAUGAAAGCAUUGAUGGAGGAGCUUCAAGACGCCGUCAUGCCUCACGUCGCGUCGCCGCUACGCACGGCGUUUGAGCGAGCGAAUCGCAUCGAGAGGGAUUUCGCGUCCGUGAGGGGGUUCAUGUUUGCGUCCGUGGGGGGCGUGAUUCGCGACGCGUUGCUGAUCGGAUCGAACGCCGAGCCGGCGAGACUCGACCCUUUCGCGGACGACUUUGAGCCCGGACCCGACUUUGACGAGGAGGACGUACAGGGGGUGGACCCGCUGGUGAUGCGGUUUCCCGCGGGGGCGAUCGACGCCCCGCCGGGGUACGAGGUCGUGGACGCGUGGGGAAUAUAUUGA